AUGGCGAAUAAUACGCCACCACCACCACAACCGCCACCGAAGAAGUCAAAGCGCAUCGUACGCGACACGAAUCGCGGCAAAUGGAGAUCCAAAUCCGAGUUCAUACUCUCGCUCAUCGGCUAUGCCAUUGGUAUUGGUAAUGUGUGGCGAUUUCCAUAUCUCUGCUACCGCAGCGGCGGCGGUGCCUUUCUGGUGCCCUACAUUCUAAUGGUGAUGCUGGCGGGCAUACCGCUCUUCUACAUGGAGGUGCUCAUCGGCCAAUUCUCCAGCACUGGCUGCACGGGCAUGUUCCGCCUGGCGCCCAUAUUCAAGGGCACUGGCAUCGCCCAAGUCGUUGUGAACAUGUACUGUGUGUGCUACUAUUCGGUGAUUAUAUCCUAUCCCAUUCGCAUGAUGUCCUACUGCUUCUACAAGCAAGUGCCCUGGGUGGACUGCGAUCAUUCGUGGAACACGGAUCAUUGUGUUUCCAUAGAUGAGCUUAGCAAACAAAAUUCAACGGGUUUUGUCACAUCAGCGGAUGAGUUCUUUCAUCGCGAAGUGCUGCAGCUUUCGCCGGGCAUCGCCCAUUUGGAUGGCAUUGUCUGGAAGCAGACACUCAGCCUGUUUCUAGCCUGGGUUGUCAUCUAUUUGUGCGUGGCCAAAGGCAUUCAAUCGGUCGGCAAAGUUGUCUACUUUACGGCGCCCUUUCCCUAUGUUCUGCUCUUCAUUCUGUUUGUGCGUGGCGUCACUCUGCCCGGUGCCUGGACUGGCAUCAAGUUCUACAUGUAUCCCGAAUGGAAUCGUCUCCUCGAUCUCAAAGUCUGGGCUGAUGCAGCCAUACAAAUGUUCUUUGGCCUUGGACCCGGCUGGGGUGGCAUCGUCAACAUGGCCAGCUUCAGUGACUUCCGAAAUAAUGCCAAGUUCGACUCCAUUCUGAUUGUCACCGUCAAUGUGUUUACGAGCAUCUUUGCGGGCUUUGUGGUGUUCUCCGUUUUGGGUUUUCUGUCCGUUAAGUCGGGCAUACCCGUGGCCACGGUGGCCACCUCGGGUCCAGGUCUGGCAUUUGUCACCUAUCCAGAGGCGAUAGCAAAGCUGCCAGUGCCACAACUGUGGGCCAUUAUGUUCUUCUUUAUGUUAUUUCUGCUGGGCAUUGACAGUGUGUUUGUGCAACUGGAGGCCAUCACCUCCUCCAUCCUGGAUGAAAUCCAGUGGUUUAGGAAACACAAGUGGAAGCUCACAUUUGUCUGCUGCUUUGCGUUCUUUCUCGGUGCAAUUAUAAUGACAACACGUGGCGGCAUGUACAUUCUGCAGCUGUUUGAUUGGUAUUCCUCGGCUAUAUCUGUCAUAGCCAUCUGCCUGGUGGAGAUUUUUAUGGUUUCCUUCAUCUAUGGCAUAGAUAACUUUAUGAUGGAUGUGGAAUUCAUGAUGGGCAAGCGGCCUUCGCUGCUGUGGAAGAUACUCUGGAAGUGGGUUACGCCCGUGGUGCUAAUCUUUAUUUUCUUUACGAGCAUCAUUUUUAUACGCACCAUCCAGUACCAUAAUACGAUCUAUCCCCAGUGGGCCAUUGCCAUUGGUUGGGCAAGUUUUGGGUCCUCCGUCAUGUGGAUACCGCUGUAUGUCCUGUACAUAAUGAUACGCAAGCGGGAGACUAUGUUUGACAGCCUCAAGAAACGUUUGAAGCCACUGGACUGGACACCAGCCGAUCCGGAAGAUCGUGAGCAAUACGAAGCCUUCCGCAGACAGCGCAGAAUGCCAGCCUUUAUGUCCGACACAGACGCGGAGGCAAUGAAGUAGUUCCAACCCAGAAAAUCUC